GUCCCGGCGCAGCAGCCCCCGGCAGAGGGACCCGGGGAGCGGCCGGGGGUCCCGGGCCGGGCCGCGCCGCCCCCGGGCGGGGCCGGGAUCGGGUUUCACAUCCUGCCCCGCUCGCGGGCACAGCGGCCAUGGCGGAGAGCUCGGACUGGGUGGAGAUCACGGAGCCCCGCUGCCAGGAGCGGAUGUACGUGAACCUGAGCACCGGGGAGUGCAGCUGGGAGCCGCCCCCCGGGCUGCGGGUGCGCCCCAGUGACCGGCAGCAGUGGUGGGAGCUCUUCGACCGCAGCAACAGCCGCUUCUACUACUACAACGCCAGCACGCGGCAGACGGUGUGGCACCGGCCCCAGGGCUGCGACAUCGUGCCCCUGGCGCAGCUCCAGGCCAUCAGGGGCGGCUCCCGGGCUGCCUCUGGCCCGGAGCACGGGGCCCUGCUGCAGGACGUGGAGAAGGGCAAGUGGGACAGUGCAGGGGAGAAGAGGAGCGAUCCUGCCAGGGAGACUCCUACCCACUGGGAGCCUCUGCCAGGCACAAAAGCAGCCAUGUUGGUCAAAGUGAACAGUUUGAGGCAGAUGCAGAGCUUUUCAAACAGCUCUCUUCAGCUGCAGGGUGCUCCAAAGCCCAGCAGCCCAAAAUCUCUUCCCAAGGCAGCUGUAUAUGCUCAGCCUCGAUCCAUGUCCCAGAGCCCUGGAGCCACAAAGCAAAUGCCUGCUGGAGAAGCAAAGCAGACUAUGCAGAUCAAAAAGACAGAGAGUGGUGGGUUUUGCCUGGUGCUGAUGAAUGGUCCUGCUUCUCCAGCAGCUCCCAGGAGCCGGGCAGGAACCCCCCAGCCUGCAUCCCCCACGUGUGCCUCUCCUGCACCCAUAUAUGAUGAGCCUUCUUUAGAGCUGCCAAUUUAUGAUGAGCCACCAGUAGAUAUGGACACUGAAAGCGUUUGUGUGAGUGGGAUGUCUCCACCAAGGUCACCAAGCAAUAGCUUAAAAAAGCAGCUGCAACCAACCAAAUUAUUGCAGCAUCCCAGCAUGCAACAACAACAAGCUGCAAAGAAGCAUGCAAGAAAUCCCUCUUGCACUGAGUACAGCCCAGCUGGCAGAGAGUACAUAAAACAUAUGGUCAACAUUGACCAAGCUGCCAAGCUCUCUCACUCUUCUGCUGCCACAACUGAUACCUCCACUAAACUGCCUGGUCAGCUUGCUUCAAAGGACAGUUUCAAGCAGUCUUGGAGGAUCUUGGAAGCCAAUGUCCUCAAGAACAUGGAACUCCACCACAGUCGGCAAAACAGCCUGCAGACUCAGGAGUACCCAAGCAGUAUAAGCCAUCAGGAUUCUGGUUAUUCAACUGGCCCUUCUCCAAGCUUAAGAAAAAGGAAAGGAAGGAGGCAAGGAGCAGGUCAAGCAAGACCUGGCUCUGUGGGCAGCAGCAGCGAGCUCACAGCUCUGAACGAUAAAGUGAUCGCUGAGAUGCGUGCGGUGGUGGGCAGGUCAGCAGCUUGCAGGGGAAGCAAGGCCAGCCUGGAUGCUGAGAGCCUGGAGAGCAGUGUCCCAGCAGAGAGCAGCAAGGCCAGCUUUCAGUCUGAGCACCUGAAAAAAUGCAUCAGCCGGAGCUCCAGGGAUGAUGUCUCAGGCAGCAACAGGUCUCUGUACAGACAGGACCUGGAGAUCAGAGAAGCCUUUCCUAGCAGUGUGGCUGCUCCACAGGACACAAUGAGGCAGAAGAGAACUUUUGAGAAAAUAGAUUCUUUAGAAAAGAACUUGACCAGUCAGACAAGCUUGGCUUCAUCAGGCACUGCACGCCAUUCCUCACAGGCUGGGAGCAGGGAGCAGGAGCCCCAGCAGGAGGGCUGCGGGGGCUGCCGUUUCCCCUGCAGCACGCUGCGGCAGCCCAUCUCGCAGAGCAGCAUGGCAGACUGGGCGUCCAAGAACCUGAACCUGCACACGCAGGGCAUCUUCCGCCGGCGCCUGUCCCUGGCCACCAUGCUGUCCUGGAGCGGCGGCUCCAUCAAGAAGCCCAUGCUGGUCACCAGCAGCCGCGCCGUCAGGAAGGAGGCGUGCGAGAUGUUCAAGCUGGUGCAGAGCUACAUGGGCGACCGCCACACGCGCCUGGACCGCAACCACGUGGCGCUGCUGGCGGUCACCAAGUGCUGGAGCACGCAGGGGCUGCGGGACGAGCUCUACAUGCAGCUGGUCCGGCAGACCACGGACAACAGCAGCUACCGGAGCCUGGCCUGGGGCUGGGAGCUGAUGGCCAUCAGCCUGGCCUUCUUCUCCCCGUCACCCAAAUUCCAGUCCUACCUGGAAGGGUACAUCUAUCGCCACCUCGACAGUGAUGAGAAGAUUGCCCAGCACAUCAAGGAGCUUGUGGAUCUGAAAAACAAGAAGAUAACAAAAUCCAGGAAAAAGAGGAAACAAAACACAGAGGAUGAAGGUCUGCCCAUUAGCACCUAUGCCAAGUACUGCUACCGGAAGCUCCAGAAAGUAGCUGUCACUGGAGGCAAGAAGGGUCUGCGCAAGCCCACGCUGGAGGAGAUCACGCACGCCAGGAACGCCAUCCUCACGCCGUCGCUCUUCGGCAGCUCCCUGCAGGAAAUCAUGCAGCGGCAGCAGGGCACGUACCCGGGGAACAGGCUGCCCUGGGUGCAGACACAGCUGUCACAGCAGGUCCUGGCCCUGGGAGGGGAGCACACUGAGGGCAUUUUCAGGAUACCUGGUGACAUAGAUGAAGUCAAUGCAUUGAAACUGCAGGUGGAUCAAUGGAAAAUCCCCAACAAUCUGAGUGACCCCAACAUACCAGCCUCUCUCCUCAAGCUCUGGUAUCGGGAGCUGGAAGAGCCUGUGAUCCCCCAGCAGUUCUACAAAGAGUGUAUCAACAACUAUGAGAACCCUGAUGCUGCUGUGGCUGUGGUGCAGCUUUUGCCAGAGCUCAACAGACUGGUGCUGUGUUACCUCAUACACUUCCUGCAGAUCUUUGCUCAGCCAUCAAAUGUGGGCAGAACAAAGAUGGAUGUGAAUAACCUGGCCAUGGUGAUGGCCCCCAACUGCCUGCGCUGCCAGUCCGACGACCCUCGGGUCAUCUUUGAGAACACGCGCAAAGAAAUGUCCUUUCUCCGCAUGCUGAUCGUGCACUUGGACACGAGCUUCAUCAAAGGGCUGCUUUGAUCCACUGGCCCCAGGGUACAGAGCAUUGCUCUGGGGAGUGCUAGAUACCUUAAGUCUUCUCCUCUCCACGUAGGUUUCUUCCAUUGUCCUUGCUGUUGUCAUACCCUGGGUUAGCCCUGGAGCAUCUCCCAACAUAUGACCACAAGGACUGGACAUUUCUGGAAGGCUCGGUUCUGUCAGCACCAGGAAAUCCUUGGGCAUGCCAGGCCAGGUUUAGCAGUUCCUGGCCUUUCAAUGUGUGUCAGAGAGGGGAAAUCUCUUCCUGAGAGCCACAAGAUUGGUUGCUCAGUGAAAGGGCUGUGACAUGUGUGAGGAACUGCUACAUGGGGCAGUGAGACUCUCCAUUUCCCUUCUGGAGGCAGAGUUGGCUUCAGGUAGGAGAACAUCACCCCUGUGCUGGUUCUAGGAUAGAUGCUGCCUCAUCAGGAAUAAUCCUACUACUGUGGGGACAGCCUAGUUCACCACUGCAGACUGUUGGCUGGAGGUGUUAGGGUUGUUCUGACAUCCCACAAUGCUGUUGGUAGAGGGCUGUGAAGGAGGUUCAAGAACUGUAAAGCUGUGCAGCAGCAUGUGACACCAGCCCUGUCCUGAGUACUCACCCACACCAUGGUUCUGGGCCCAACAGAAAGGCCACAAGCCUGACAACAAACAGGUAAACAAACUUUGGCAUCCUCUUAAUAAGGGCCAUAUCUUCUGUAGCAGUGACCCCAGUGGCCUUGCAGCUCCUUUUUGCUACAGACAGCAUGAACUGACACCAGCUUUGCUGAGGAGUACCUGAGUCCAUGCUCAGAGCAGCCUUCACAGCUCCAGCUCCUCACAACCUCCCUUCCUGGUACCACAUCCUUCCCAGAACACUCUGCCAGGAACUAGAUACCUGUUUGACCCACUCUUCUGGCUCAGCCCAGGUCUAAAGAAAGCCCCCAACAGUUCUGAGCACAGAAGUGCUGCUGUGCUCAGAUACUCCCUUCCAUGCAGAGCAGCAGCAGUGCUGUGUGCUUGAGAAAUGCUGGUACACCUGCAGCCAACUGUGGUACCUAUGCUCUUCCUUUGAGGUGUUUUCCUUGCUAGAGGCAGGUCUGCUGCAAGAAGGUAUGUUUUGGGAUUACUGAUGCAGUGCUAAGGCUGUCAGUACCAUGCAAGGUUGCAUUUGUGUUUCUGCAUCCCUCUCCCUUUCCAGUGGGGACCUCUCUACUACAGUGAGGAGCUGAGCCCUGUGACAAUGAGGUUUAGAGCUGAAUCAGUACCAGUGUGGGCAUGAGGUGCCAUGUGCAGAGAGUGCCCCAAGCCUGUUGUCUUGCUUGGGGCUCCCUCUGAGAGGGUUCAGAUGAGUUAGAGUGAACUCCAGGAAUUCAGUUUGUGCCUAUCUCAUACCAGAUGAUUCUGUGGUCCUGUGAACCAGGAAAUCUUGCUCCCUUGUCAAGAUCAGCUCUGUCAAACAUGCCCACAAAACAUGCCAGCAUCUGUUCAUGUACACACCCAUCUCCAUGCUCUGGUGCUGCUCAGCUUGCUCUGUCCUUCUGCAGUGGUGAACAACUUGUUCUUCAGAUGUGGAGCUACUGCCCCAGAAGUGUAGAGAGGGGCAGAGGUUACCUGUUCUGACAUGCUGUCCUGAGGUUUGAAUCACUGAACAGGCUGGGGCUGUCUGUUCCCUGCCAAGGUCUGGAGCAGCCAUGUGGCACUGCCCUCCUCUUCAGGCUGCAGGUCCUUGUGUCUGUGUCAGGCUUUGCCUGCAGCCACUGCAGGGCUGAUCCAUGUUACUCCUUGCACUCAGCUGUGGCAAUCAAUCAAACCAUAGGCAUUUGCUGCUAAUGAAAGUGAAUGCUUCUGGCCAGGGUUGUAAAACAUUCUCAUAAGGGACACUGGAUAUUAUUGGUUUUACCAACAGAUUUGUAAAUACCAAUCAGUAAAGUAGCCUUUUCUCUGUUCUAAUAAUAAUAAAUACAAUCUCCAUGGCUGUC